UUAUUUUAAAAGAAAAUUUUAUUCAAGAUUUACAUAUGAUUUAUACAUUUUUUGAGACAUUUAACAAAGUUUUUACAAUAAAAAUAUAAACGCCGAAAACAGUUGUUAAAUCUAAAUUGCUCUAAACGUUUGUGUAACCGCCUAACCUAAUCAACCUUUAGUUAUAAUGAACUCAACCUUGAAAUGGAGGAUCUAAUACUUCCGGUGUGUUUCUUGCGGGAAGUCAUCACACGCUUUUUCAUAAAUGUUAAUUUAAUUCGACAUCUUUGAAUAAUUAUAUUAUAUCCGUAAGAUAACGUUAUAUUUAUUCUACCUUAAAACUAUACAAUGGAACAUGACGACAUUGACGAAGAUAUAGAACGCUUGAAUAUAAUUUUGCAAGACGACGAUGGCGAGGAUGCCGAAAGUGACGGAGAACUAAGAAUUUUAGAGAAUAACGAAGAAGAGUAUUACAGUAAUGCAUCUAGACCCAGCACUAGCAGUGAUGUCACAGCUUCAUCAUUUCCAACAACAUCUGUGUGUACAGAUGCUGACGAUGCUAUGUUUAGGUUUGAUCCUCAUACAAUCACAGCAGAGACCUGUCUAGCGAUGAACCGGGCAUACCAGGAGGUGCUGCUUGAUACCCUUAGACAAAUUGAAAUAUCCCUAAUAGAAAACCGGACACGGCAG